AAUUUGAAAUAAACAAAAAAUGAAAGGACCUAAAAAUAAAUAGGAUGACAAUGUAAUAGUAGACCACGUGUCAGCUCAGUGAGUUGAAAGAAUCCCCAUUUCCCCAGACCUCUGUGAGCUCCACCGUGAGUUGUUCUUCUUCUCAAGCGGGCCAAGCUCGGUAGAUCAAUCGGACUUCGAAUUUCCGGUGAAUUCCGUACCACGCCGGUUCCUCUCCGUCGAUUUUGUUAGCCAUGGAGUUUGAUAUUGGUCUUUUCAUAUUCAUGGAAGGCAAGGAUUAAGCGGUGAGUUCAAAGGAUGAAGGCUGGAACAGGCUGAAAUACAAAUGUGUCCAAUUGUACGUGGCCAAUUAUCAAAAUGUUAGUUCUUCAGUUGCUCAAAGCCAAGUGUCUCGUGUGCCAAAGAAUAUACAAAUUUAUUUUGAAUCUCAUGCAUCACCGGGUCUUAUAUAUCUGCAUAAUGACAAUAAACCUCUCAACAGACACGCAUGGGAUGGAGGAAGUUUGUCUUAAUAGUGAGCCUAUCUUUGAUGAAUGUGACGAAUAUGAGGUGGAUGGUGAUGAUUCCUUUGUGGACAAUGACGAAUCCGGGGAAGCACAGUCAAGGAAGAAUCCUCCACUUCCAACUGUGGGUUUGGAAUUUAAUUCUUUCGAUGAGGCUUAUGACUUUUACAAUGUUUAUGCUAAGGAUGUGGGCUUUGGCAUCAGAGUCAGUAAUUCAUGGUUUCGUUCUAAGAAAAAAGAACGAUAUAGAGCUAAACUUAGCUGCAGCAGUGCAGGAUUCAAGAAAAAGAGUGAAGCUAACAAUCCAAGGCCAGAAACUAGGACUGGUUGUCCUGCAAUGAUAAUUAUUAGGCUUAUAGAUAUCAAAAGGUGGAGAAUAGUUGAAGUUGAGCUUGAACACAACCAUCCAGUGAGUCCACAAAUCACUCGAUUUUACAAGUCACAUAAAAAGAUGAUUCUUGCGGCUAAGAAAACACAGCCACAGCUGCAUCCUGUAACUGAAGUUCAUACCAUCAAGCUCUAUAGAAGAACUAUUCUUAACAAUUGUAAUAGAAGCACAAAUGUUGACCAAAGUGAGGGUAUCAGUUCCGUUGAUCACUUGAAAUACCUUGAACUUAAAGAUGGGGAUGGUCAUGCAUUGUAUAAUUAUUUUUGCCGCAUGAAAUUGACAAAUCCCAAUUUUUUUUACAUGAUGGAUCUGGACAACGAUGGGCAUUUGAGGAAUGUGUUUUGGGCAGAUUCUCGGUCCAAGUCUGCAUAUUGUUACUUUUGUGAUACAAUCACUAUAGACACAACUUGCUUAACAAACAGAUAUGAAAUUCCUUUGAUUUCAUUUGUUGGUGUGAACAACCAUGGACAAUCAGUGUUGCUAGGAUGUGGCUUUGUUGGAUUUGAAUCAGUGGAGUAUUUUGUUUGGAUUUUGAAGGCAUGGCUUAAAUGCAUGCUGGGACGCACACCACAGGUCAUUAUUACUCACCAAAAUAAAAUAUUGCUUGCUGCAGUCUCUGAAGUUUUCCCUAAAGCUCGUCACUGUUACUCUAUGUGGUAUAUCAUGCAAAGAAUACCAGAAAAGUUGGGCGGACUUGAAGGAUAUGAAACGAUGAGAAGCCAAUUGAACGAAAUCAUUUUUAGCUCAUUGAAGAUAGCUGAAUUUGAAACUUCAUGGACUAAUAUGAUCAAGCACAAUGGGCUUGGAGAUAACAAAUGGCUCCAAUCACUGUACGAAGAUCGGACAUUAUGGGCUCCUGUAUACUUGAAAGACAUAUUUUUUGCAGGAUUGGUCCCUACCCGUGCAAAUGAAAGCUUCAAAACAUUUUUCGAUGGAUAUGUGCAUAAACACACAUCUUUUAAGGAAUUUGUUGAUAAAUAUGAUCUUGCUCUCCAUAGGAAAUACCAUAAAGAAGCAGUGGCAGAUCUGGAGUCAAGAAAUUUAAGCGUUGAGUUGAAAACGAGAUGUAAUUUUGAGUUGCAGCUCUCCAAGGUGUACACAAAAGAAAUAUUCAGCAAGUUCCAAUCUGAGGUAGAAGGAAUGUACUCUUGCUUCAACACAAGGCAGGUCAAUGUAAAUGGGCCUAUAGUAACUUACAUUGUCAAAGAAAGAAUUGAAGUUGAGGGAAACGAGAAAGAGGUAAGAUGUUUUGAGGUAUUGUACGAGACAACCGAAGUAGACAUUCGGUGCAUUUGCAGUUUGUUCAACUACAAAGGUUACCUUUGCAGGCAUGCAUUAAAUGUUUUUAAUUAUAACGGUGUGGAAGAAAUCCCAGCUCGCUACAUUCUGCCACGCUGGUGUAAAGAUUAUAAAUGCAGGUAUCCUCUAGAUCAGAGGUUAAGUAAUACAAAUGUGUAUAGUUCGACAUACCAAUAUAGUCAUAUUCUUAAUUUUGCACUUCCAGUUGUAGAAGAAGGUGCACAAUCUCAAGAACGUUAUAAGCUUGCAUUGCAAGAAUUGGAGGAGUUAUUACAUAAAUUAAAUCUUGUAGAGGAUGAUCUAAAUAACGAUGGAUAAUUUGUUCUGAUGAAGUAAUUGUGAAAUAGAAUACAAAGAUCUGUAGCGAAGACAAUGCUUGUCUGUAGAUGCCAAGUUUAUGCUCUCUCUUCCUCUUUCCUUCCCUCCCUCAAUCAUCAUUUCCUAGAUCCAUAUGUAUCUGUUGAGUCCCUCUAUAAAACUGAUACAUAAUGCAGGUAAACAAUUUGAAGAUCAACCAUGUAGUAUGUACGUAAUGAUUCAACAGCUCCCUUCCCAAACUGGUCAAAGGGAGGUACCUAACCAUUCAUCAUUAGUAUGGAAGAAGCUUGUCCCAUUUUAUAUGUUUCAAAAAGUGAGAUAUCUGAAUUAUUGUUGGAAUGAGUUGAAGUGAAACAGGUAUGCACGUUCGGACGACAAACUAUUGGGAGGGAAUGAAAAGCAGGUUUGCAGUCUGCAUCAUGAGAAAUGAGCUAAGCCAAUCAGAACUCUGCCUCCAUGUUAUCAAGUAAGUAUGGCAUAAGAAACACUGAAUAAUCAUUUCUUAACAUGCAAUUACGACCUUACUCGAACAAUAUCUGUUCAAUAGGUUGUAAAAUUAUGUCGUUAAGUUGUAAUAUGCAAUGGCACUGUAGCAUUUUGGUAUAUCGACCGUCCCAUUCUUACUUUUUCUCAGUAUAGGCGACAAUGAUAGAGGAAGCUUUAUGUGCACAAUUUUCCGUGGAAGUUUAAGCAAGAGCUAUAUUAUCAUA